CCUUCCCUCGCGCGACCCCCUCCCCCCUCCCCUCGCCCGAGCCCUCCUGACCUAGCCGCCAGCGACCGCCCGCUAGCUACCCCGCCGCCAGUCCCCUUCCUUCUUCAACCUCUCCGCCGCCCUGCUGAAGGUGUCUACCUCGCCGCCGAUCCGCCGCUGCGCCUGGCCGGGCCUACACUCGCCGCCGGCCCGCCCCUGCUCCUGGCCGGCCUCAACUCGCCGCCGCCGCCGGAGUAGACCCUGACACGGGAGAGAUGGAUGAAUUGGCAAGAAAACGAAGGCAACUAAUUGUGAGAGGAGCCGGUCUAGUGGCUGGAUUGUAUGCUUACAUGAUGGUCAUGUUUAGAAGAUCUAGGCAACAAACACCGAGGAUAACCGUGGGCAGCAUGGCCGAUCGUGCCAUAUCUAGAGAGUCAAAUUUGAGAUACAUUUAUCACUCUAGUGACAUAAAUUGUUCAAAUCAACUCAGAAUGAGAAAAGCUCCGUUUUUCCGUUUGUGUGCUAUAUUUAGAGAGAGAAAUUUGUUGUUGGAUAGCAUUCAUACUUCUAUUGAGGAACAAGUUGCCAUGUUUCUUCUAAUAGUUGGCCAUAACCAAAGGUAUAGGACACUACAACCUAUCUUUAGAAGAUCUAUCGAAGUCAUUAGUAGGUAUUUUAAGGCAGUGCUUUAUGCUGUUGGGGAGUUGAGAGAUGAGAUGAUUCAGCCUCCCUCCAACCAUUGCCAUCGUAAAAUACAAGAAAGCACCCGCUUCAAUCCAUAUUUCAAGGUUCAUUGCGCCAGUGGCAAGCAGUUGAUAGUCCAUCCUCAGAUUUUUGUCUCCCUUGCACGCAAUAUGGACGAAGAAAAUCCUGUUGAGCUGCUACAACGUUAUCGCCGUGAUCGCCAUGUGUUGCUCAAUUACAUCCUUUCUGGUAACUUGAUCAAGAAAGUUGUAAUGCCGCCUGGUGCUAUCUCUCUGGAUGACGUGGAUAUUGAUCAAGUCAGUGUUGAUUAUGUCCUCAAUUGCGCUAAGAAAGGGGAUCCACUUGACCUUGGAGAUGCCAUCCGGCUUUAUCAUGACAGCCUUGAUUACCCAUAUGUCGAUAACACUGGAGAUGUCGAAGGGUUCUAUUUACUUACAAGACCUGAAUAUUCUGGAUCAGCACCAACAAGAGAACCACCCCCUGUCCCUGCCACUGCACCAUUACCAGUUGUGGUACCACCACCAGUUGUUGAACAACCACAAAUUGCUGUGCCAUCAUCAGUUGCAAACUUACCAAAAUCAUUAUCAUUGGACUCUCCCACCGAGGAAUUAACCAUAGAUGACAUUGAAGACUUUGAGGAUGAUGAAGGUGAAUUCGAUAGUCGAAGGGCUUCUAGGAGGCAUCAAACUGAUGCCAACGAUAUAUCCUUGCGCUUACCAUUAUUUGAAACAGGUAUCACAGAUGAUGAUCUUCGUGAAACAGCAUAUGAAAUCCUUGUUGCUGCUGCUGGCGCUUCAGGGGGCCUUAUAGUUCCAAAGAAAGAAAAGAAGAAAGAGAAGAGACACAGAUUAAUGAGGAAACUUGGCCGUAGUAAGAGUGAAAGUGCUGAAUCGCAAACUCACCGGCAACCAGGUUUAGUUGGCCUGCUUGAAAUCUUGAGAGCCCAACUUGAGAUAACGGAGUCCAUGGAUAUUAGGACUAGACAGGGACUACUUAAUGCUAUGGUGGGUAAAGUCGGAAAACGGAUGGACAAUCUCUUGAUACCACUGGAACUACUGUGCUGUAUAUCUAGAGCUGAAUUUUCUGACAUGAAGGCAUAUCUUCGUUGGCAGAAAAGACAGCUGAACAUGCUGGAGGAGGGCCUAAUAAACCAUCCUGUUGUUGGAUUUGGAGAGUUAGGUCGAAAAGUCAAUGAGCUAAGAAAUCUUUUCAGAAAGAUUGAAGAAUCUGAGUCGCUAUCCCCAUCUGCUGCGGAGGUUCAACGUACAGAAUGCCUACGUUCACUGAGAGAAGUUGCUACAUCUUUCUCUGAAAGGCCUGCUCGUGGCGAUCUUACCGGUGAGGUUUGUCAUUGGGCUGAUGGUUACCAUCUGAAUGCCGCCUUGUAUGAAAAAAUGCUUGGCAGUGUUUUUGACACCUUAGAUGAGGGAAAACUCACAGAGGAGGUGGAAGAAAUCCUUGAGCUCCUAAAGUCCACUUGGCGUAUACUAGGAAUCACAGAGACAAUUCAUGAUACGUGCUAUGCAUGGGUAUUAUUCCGACAGUUUGUUUUUACAGGUGAGCAAGGACUCCUGAAAGUUGUGAUUGAGCAUUUGAGGAAGAUACCCUUGAAGGAACAGCGUGGUCCACAAGAACGCUUACACUUGAAAAGUCUACGUAGUUCUGUUGAUGCCGAUGAUAGCUGCCAGGACUUUACGUUUUUCCAGUCUUUCCUGUCUCCAGUUCAGAAAUGGGUGGACAAGAAAUUGAAUGAUUAUCAUCUGCACUUCUCAGAGGGUCCCAGUAUGAUGGUUGAUAUCGUAACAGUAGCAAUGCUUACUAGGCGAAUCCUUGGUGAAGAAAAUGACAAGGCAAUGGAGUCACCUGAUCGAGACCAGAUUGACCGUUACAUCACUUCUUCUGUCAAAAGUGCUUUCAUGAAGAUUGCACAUUUCGUAGAGAUUAAAGCAGACACAUCACAUGAGCAUGUUUUAGCAUCUCUAGCUGAGGAGACGAAGAAGCUUUUGAAGAUAGAGACAAACAUUUUUUCCCCAGUUUUGUCAAGAUGGCAUCCACAGGCAGCAGUUCUUUCCGCUUCCCUUCUCCAUAAACUGUAUGGAAACAAAUUGGGACCUUUUCUUGAGCAUUCUGAGCAUCUUACGGAGGACGUAGUUUCUGUAUUUCCGGCAGCUGAUUCUUUGGAGCAGUACAUAAUGUCAGUGAUGGCUUCUGUUGUGGGUGACGAUGGUUUGGACAGUCUAUGUAGACAAAAGCUAGUUCCUUAUGAGAUUGAAAGUAAAUCGGGCACGGUUGUUUUACGCUGGGUGAAUGGGCAACUGGAGAGAGUUGAAACUUGGGUUAAAAGGGCUGCUGAACAAGAGACUUGGGAUCCUAUAUCCCCUCAACAACGCCAUGGGGGUUCUAUUGUUGAAGUCUAUAGAAUCAUAGAAGAGACUGCAGAUCAGUUUUUUGCAUUCAAGGUUCCUAUGCGAAUUGGGGAAUUAAAUAGCUUCUGUCGUGGCAUUGACAAGGCAUUUCAAAUUUAUACACAACUUGUUACUCAACCCAUAGUUGACAAAGAAGAUUUAGUUCCACCUGUUCCUGUCCUUACUCGAUAUAAAAAGGAGCUUGGAAUCAAAGCUUUCGUAAAAAAGGAAAUCCAAGAAGUCAGACCUGUUGAUGAGAGAAAAUCGAGUGAAAUAGUUCAACUUACAAUGUCAAAGCUAUGUGUGCGGCUUAACAGUCUAUAUUAUGCUAUAAGCCAGCUAGGCAAGUUGGAGGACAGCAUAAGUGAGCGGUGGGCUAAAAGGCAAAGUGACAAAAUUAACAUCAGACGAUCAAUGAACGGCAAGUCAAAGGGUGUAGUCUCCAAUCAGAAGAAUCAAUUUGAUGGCAGUAGAAAAGAAAUCAAUGCUGCUAUUGAUCGGGUAUGUGAAUUUACAGGGUUAAAGGUCAUAUUUUGGGACCUCCAACAGCCAUUCAUCGACAAUAUGUACAAAAACAAUGUUUUACAAGCUCGAUUGGACACUAUUGUCGAAGUGCUUGAUUUGGUGCUUGCUCAACUCUGUGACGUCAUUGUGGAGCAACUGCGAGAUCGUGUGGUUACAGGGCUUCUGCAAGCAUCCCUGGAUGGCUUAGUUCGGGUAAUACUAGAUGGAGGUCCUACACGCGUCUUCUCUCCGAAUGAUGCCCCUCUUUUGGAGGAAGAUCUUGAAAUUCUGAAGGAAUUCUUCAUAUCUGGUGGAGAUGGGCUGCCUCGUGGAACUGUUGAGAAUUUGGUCUCGCGUGUUCGUCCUGUAAUAAAUCUGAUCAAGCAAGAGACCCGUGUGCUUAUUGAUGAUCUGCGCGAAGUUACUCAAGGGGGCAAAAGCAAAUUCGGAAGCGACUCCAAAACCCUGCUGAGGGUCCUGUGCCACAGAAAUGAUUCAGAGGCAUCACACUAUGUGAAGAAGCAUUUCAAGAUACCCAGUUCAGCUCCCCCGAGCACCUGAUUUAUGGGGAAAAUCUGGAAACACCUCAAAGGUACAUAUAAUGGAUGGAACGGUGCUCGGCCUUGCAACCUAGGAAGCUUAUUUUGUAAUAAUUGUGCAUUAUUAGCAGUCGGAGCUAGGGAACCAUAGGCUAGUUUUGAUUCAUGGGCAUUGUCUUGAUUGAUUGCUUCUCCCCAGGAAAGAUUUAGAUGUCUUACCUUUGUUUCUUUGGGGAGUUUUUAGCUGGAUUUUGAUGGCGUUUCUGUCUGAUGGGAAUGUUGGUCUGUUUGCGUGGUUUCAGAAGUGAUGCUUACAAUUCUGUAGGUGGUUGUUUUAUUGUUAUGACCAAUGUGAUUUUUUGCAGUCAUUUGUUGUGGUGUGUAAUGUUAGUGUGAAGUUUAUAAAAAUUGGAGAAGGUCCACUUUUGAUUUCAUGAACUCAA